CGAGCGGGUGGAAGAAAGACAUUUUUCUAUCUCAACGCCUAAAUAAAAUCUCUACCAAACACCUUCUCCCGCCAAUUUCCGCGGAUUUCUCUCCUCUACAUUCCCGAUCUUUCUUCCCCACUUCCUCAAUUUCUCACUUCCAUGGAAGGGAUUCUGUUUUCCACUGAAGAUACUUUCUCCACGCCUGAUUUUUGUUGAACUGCUCCUUACUUCUACUCCCUUAAUUGAAGCCCUAGUUCGCGUCUUCAGGCCUUGCACACCAUGCCGUCCCUGAUUUCGUCCGGCAAGAUCCUCCGUUUGGAGCUAGAGAAUUUCAAAUCCUACAAGGGUCAUCAGACAAUCGGUCCUUUUUAUGAUUUCACUGCCAUAAUUGGCCCCAAUGGAGCUGGGAAGUCGAACCUCAUGGAUGCCAUAAGUUUCGUGCUUGGUGUACGGACUGGGCAACUACGUGGGGCACAGUUGAAGGACCUAAUCUACGCUUACGAUGACAGGGAGAAGGAACAGAAGGGACGGAGGGCGUUCGUUCGGCUUGUUUAUCAGAUGGGAAAUGGGUCGGAGCUGCAAUUUACCAGAACGAUCACAAACGCAGGCGGUAGCGAGUAUCGAAUUGAUGGAAAGAGUGUCUCCUGGGAUGAGUAUAAUUCGAAGCUGAGGUCACUUGGAAUACUUGUCAAGGCUCGGAAUUUCCUUGUUUUUCAGGGCGAUGUAGAGUCCAUUGCAUCCAAGAAUCCCAAAGAACUUACUGGACUUCUUGAGCAGAUCUCUGGAUCUGAUGAUCUUAAGAGAGAAUAUGAGGAGUAUGAAGAGCAGAAAGCCAAAGCUGAAGAAAAUUCAGCACUUGCGUAUCAGAAGAAGAAGACUAUUGUGAUGGAAAGAAAGCAGAAGAAAGAGCAAAAGGAAGAAGCGGAAAAACACCUCCGUUUGCAAGAUCAACUGAGAUCUUUGAAGAAAGAUUACUUCUUGUGGCAAUUAUUUGUAAUAGAAAAGGACUUCGUAAAACUUAAUGAGGAACUUGAAGCUGAAAGGAGAAAUCGUGAUGAUGUCAUGCAACAAAUUGAUGGUUUUGAACACGAAGCUUUGAAGAAGAGGAAAGAACAAGCUAAGUUUUUGAAGGAAAUUAGUAACUGCGAGAAGAGAAUUGCAGACAGAAGUAAUAAGCUCGAUAAGAAUCAACCCGAGCUUCUGAAAUUGAAAGAAGAAACAUCACGAAUAAAUUCAAAAAUCAAGAGAAGUCGAAAAGAUCUUGAUAAGAAAAUAGAACAAAGGAGAAAGCAUGCGCAGUAUGUAAAGGAAUUACAAAAGGGCAUACAGGAUCUCAAUGCAAAGCUUGAUGAUUUACAUGAAAAAGGCCGAGACAGUGGUGAAAAACUGCAGUUAGAUGACCAAGAGCUGAGGGAAUAUUGUCGAAUCAAGGAGGAGGCUGGGAUGAAAACUGCAAAACUAAGAGAUGAAAAGGAGGUAUUGGAUAGGCAACAACAUGCUGAUAUUGAAGCUCAGAAGAAUUUGGAAGAAAACCUUCAACAAUUACAUAAUAGGGAAAAUGAAUUGGAGUCACAAGAGGAGCAGAUGCAAACAAGACUGAGGAAGAUUCUUGAUAGUUCAGCUAGACAUAAGGAUGACCUUGCAGAUCUGAAAAAGGAUUUGCAUACUAUGAAAGAUAAGCAUCGAGAUGUCAGGAAUAAAUAUGAAAACCUAAAGUCAAAAAUUGGAGAAAUUGAAAACCAACUGCGUGAACUGAAGGCUGAUAGACAUGAAAAUGAAAGAGAUGCUAAAUUAUCUCAAGCUGUCGAAACUUUGAAACGGCUGUUUCAAGGAGUUCAUGGUCGCAUGACUGAUCUUUGUCGUCCAAUACAGAAGAAGUACAACCUGGCUGUUACUGUUGCAAUGGGUAAAUUUAUGGAUGCCGUGGUUGUUCAGGAUGAACAUACAGGAAAAGAAUGUAUAAAGUAUUUGAAAGAACAAAGGCUUCCUCCUCAGACAUUCAUACCUCUUCAGUCUGUUCGCGUAAAGCCUAUCAUUGAAAGACUACGUGAUUUAAGUAAAAGUGUGAAGCUGGUGUAUGAUGUUAUCCGUUUUGAUUCGACAUUGGAGAAGGCAAUUAUAUUUGCUGUGGGGAAUACUCUAGUUUGUGAGAAUCUUGAUGAAGCCAAGGCUCUAAGUUGGAGUGGAGAAAGACAUAAAGUCGUAACCGUGGAUGGUAUUCUGCUUACGAAAUCUGGAACAAUGACUGGGGGUAUUAGUGGUGGCAUGGAAGCAAGGUCAAACAAAUGGGACGAUAAAAAGAUUGAAGGGCUUAAGAAAAAGAAAGAGCAGUAUGAAUUAGAGCUGGAUGAACUUGGAUCAAUCAGAGAGAUGCAACUAAAGGAGUCUGAAGCGUCUGGGAGGAUUAGUGGACUUGAGAAAAAGAUUCAGUAUGCAGAGAUUGAGAAGCGUAGUAUUGAAGACAAAGUUGCAAACUUGAGGCAAGAGAGAGAAAUUAUAAAAGAAGAAAUUGAUCGAAUAAGUCCUGAACUUCAGAAGUUAAAAAAUGGGAUUGAUAAGAGAAACACAGAAAUUAGCAAGUUGGAGAGGAGGAUCAAUGAAAUUGUUGACCGGAUAUAUCGAGACUUCAGCAAAUCUGUUGGAGUGGCAAACAUACGAGAAUAUGAAGAAAACCAACUCCAAGCGGUACAGCAUAUGGCUGAUGAACGCGUUAGCUUGAGCAGUCAGCUAUCAAAAUUGAAAGGCCAGUUGGAGUAUGAACAGAAUCGGGACAUGGAAUCACAAAUUAAAGAACUAGAGUCUUCUUUGAGUGCAUUGGAGAAUGAUUUAAGAAAGAUUCAAAACAAAGAGGCUGAUGCCAAAUCAACUGCAGAAAACGCCCAUAAUGAUAUUGAUCGCUUGAAGGAGGAACUGGCUGAGUGGAAAUCCAAGCUGGAAGAGUGCGAGAAGGAUAUGCAGGAAUGGAAGAAGAAAACAUCUGUUGCUACAACUAGCAUAUCAAAAUUGAAUCGUCAGAUUAAUUCUAAGGAGACAAAUAUUGAACAACUGAUCACACAGAAGCAGGAAAUAGUGGAAAAAUGUGAAUUAGAAAAUAUAGUCCUCCCCACUAUCUCAGACCCCAUGGAGACUGAAUCCUUGUCUCCUGGCCCAGUUUUUGAUUUUAGCCAAUUGAUUAAAUCCUAUGAACUGGAUAAGAAAUCAUCCGAUAAAGAGAAACCUGAGACAAAGUUUAAACGUGAGAUAGAUGCCCUGGUAUCAGAAAUUGACAGAACUGCACCAAAUUUGAAAGCACUAGAUCAAUAUGAAGCUUUGAAAGAAAAGGAAAGAGUAAUAUCUGAGGAGUUUGAAGCCGCUAGAAAAGAGGAGAAAGAGGUGGCUGACAAAUUCAAUUCUAUUAAGCAAAAAAGGUAUGAGUUGUUUAUGGAUGCUUUCAACCACAUUUCUGGAAAUAUCGAUAAGAUUUAUAAGCAAUUGACAAAAAGUAACACACAUCCCUUGGGUGGAACGGCAUAUUUGAACUUGGAAAAUGAGGAUGAGCCAUUUUUACAUGGUAUCAAGUAUACUGCUAUGCCACCGACAAAGCGGUUUCGUGACAUGGAACAGUUAUCUGGUGGAGAAAAGACUGUCGCAGCAUUAGCAUUACUUUUUUCCAUUCAUAGUUUUAGGCCUUCGCCCUUUUUCAUAUUGGAUGAAGUGGAUGCUGCCUUAGAUAACUUGAAUGUUGCGAAGGUCGCUGGUUUCAUUCGUUCAAAGUCAUGUGAAGGUGCUAGGAUGAGUCAGGACGUGGAUGGAAGCAGCGGUUUUCAAAGUAUUGUUAUAUCACUGAAGGAUAGCUUUUAUGACAAAGCCGAAGCUUUAGUAGGGGUUUACCGGGAUUGCGAAAGAAGCUGCUCGAGAACGUUGACAUUCGACCUUACAAAAUAUCGGGAAUCGUAGAAGCAUAGUUUGAUUGGUUGAAAUCUGUAGAAUGCCAACAAAUGUACACUACACUGUUGUAGAGCUUCUUCAAUCCUAUGCAUAAGAAUGAUGCUGGAUUUGUAUUUCUGAUGGAAAUGAUACCUUAGAAUUAGAAAGUACUUGCAAAAGUGUUUCCUGUAACCUAAAAUAUGCUUCUCAUCAGUUUUUGUAAAUAUUCUCAUCAUGGAGGGCCAACUCCCAUGCUUCUUUUUAGUGUAUUUAGCUUGAAGUUUACCCAAAACAAUAUAUGUGUUUAGUAGUUAACCAAC